AUGGUAGAACUAUCUAAUACCCGCCCGAUUGGCAUACUCGCGGGUUACCUCCUGGCCUGCGCUGGGCUCACCGUCUUUUGCAUCCGGAUUGCCUGGACGCGGGGAGGAUCCUCGCGCCCCGUUGACCGGCGGCGCCGGCACGCCAUUGUCGUCUUCAGCGCCCUCGCGGCUCUCAGCCUGGCAACGACAUGGUACCACAUGUUUUGCUUCUUUCAAUGGUCUUACCAAGAAUGGGCGGCGGCCUCGUCGGCCUCGUCGCCGCUUUUUGGUCUCCUCGGCGGCGAAGACGGCAAGUUGCAUCUCGGCGCCUGGCUUCGUGAUACCACGCUUUUUCAGCAGGCUUGGGUCGCGACCUUGGAGACGCCUCUGCGAGCGUGGUGGUCAAUGCAAAUCUUUGGCUUUUGUGCUAUAUGGAGCGUUAUGCUGGCUGCUCAAGGCCAGAAGAGUAGAAUUCCCCACCUCUGGCUCUUCAUGUUACUGGGUCAGAUUGUCGCCAUCUCCUUUGCGGCCAAUUUGUCCUUUGUCACGUUUCUGGUAUAUGACGAAGCCAACGAGGUAUCGUCGAUCCACGACAAGAAGGAUAUGAAGAAGAAUCAACCGAGUCCAAACCCGCAAGCAACAAGAAAUUCGUGGUUACCAACGGCCUGGCUCGCGGUGCUCGGUGUCAAUCUGAUCUCGGCUCUCAUCAUCCCGCGCCAGCUUGACCAUUCUAAAUUCUUGUAUCUGCUUCUGGCGCCUCAUGUCCUGGCGUUUGUUCCCUUUGUCUUGAACGCUGUAUUUGCUGCUCCGCACCCAUCCGACGCCCUCUUCUUUUCCUCUCGGCAGCCUUCCACGGUGGCCCGGGCAGGGAUCAUGGCCGUCUUGCUUGCGGCGGCUUGCUCUCGCGUCUUUGCGGCCGGCGGUGACUUGGGCCAGAUUGCCGCGACGCUCUUUGACAGAAAAAUGGGGAUGACUGCUAUUUUGGGUCUCGCGCUAUUUUACUCUGUCUUAUGGUGUCUUUAG